GACAACAGUCUCUCUCUUUAAUCUUUAUACACACUCCAACUCCUUUCUAAAUAAACCCAACUAGCUUACCUUCUUCACCUCAAAAACCUCUCCUUUUUUUUCAUUUCUCUCUGUUAACCCAACCAAACAGAGAGAAAAAAAUGGCAGCCGCCGCUAAAUCAUUACUCUUCACCGUCGCCAUUUUCCUUUCCCUCUCCUCAUCUCUUUCCCGCACCCACUCCCCCAAAACGACAACGCUCGACGUGUCGUCUUCUCUUCAACAGGCUCUAAGCAUCCUCUCCUUCAACCCUCAACAACAACAACAACAAACACUCGUCUCUCAAGAACAACUCAUGCAGCAAACGAACUCGUCGUCGUUUUCAGUCACGCUUCACUCACGUGACAUCAUCUUCAACUCUCAGCAUAAGGAUUACAAAUCCUUGGUUCUAUCUCGUCUGACCCGCGAUAUCUCGCGUGUUAAGGCUAUUACCACUCGGGUCGAGCUUGUCUUAAAUGGGGUAUCCAAAUCUGAUCUCAAGCCUCUGCAAACUGAGAUCCAACCCGAAGAUUUAUCCACUCCGGUUUCGUCGGGUACGAGUCAAGGAAGUGGAGAGUAUUUCUCUCGGGUCGGAGUUGGUAACCCAGCUAAAUCAUACUACAUGGUUUUAGACACGGGUUCGGAUAUUAACUGGAUCCAAUGCCAGCCUUGCUCCGACUGUUACCAACAAACGGAUCCUAUUUUCACCCCAACGACGUCGUCUAGUUACAAUCCGCUUACCUGUGACUCACAGCAAUGCAACGCUUUACAGAUGUCGAGUUGCCAUAACGAGCAGUGUCUUUACCAAGUUAACUACGGUGACGGAUCGUUUACUUUCGGUGACUUCGUGACUGAAACGAUGUCGUUUGGAUCGGGUACUAUUAAUAACGUGGCUAUAGGCUGUGGUCAUGAUAACGAAGGAUUAUUCGUCGGUGCUGCUGGUUUACUUGGACUAGGCGGUGGCCCACUAUCACUGACGUCACAGCUCAAAGCGACGUCGUUAUCUUACUGUUUAGUGAACCGUGACUCGCCCGGUUCAUCAACGCUUGAUUUCAACUCAGCUCCGGUUGGUGACUCGGUUAUUGCUCCGUUGCUCAAGAGUAGUAAAAUCGAUACGUUUUACUACGUAGGGCUCACCGGAAUCAGCGUCGGAGGUCAGUUGCUUAGGAUUCCACAGGAAGUGUUUAGACUUGACGAUUCCGGUAGCGGCGGUGUGAUUGUCGACUGCGGAACGGCGAUCACUCGGUUACAGAGCCAAGCGUACAACUCGUUGCGUGACUCGUUUGUGAGUUUGAGUCGGCAUUUGAGAUCUACUGGUGGUGUGGCAUUGUUCGACACGUGUUAUGAUUUAUCAGGUCAAAGUAGUGUUAAAGUGCCAACGGUGUCGUUUCAUUUCAACGGACAAGAUUCGUGGAAUUUACCAGCUGCUAAUUACUUGAUUCCGGUGGAUUCAUCUGGGACAUACUGCUUUGCAUUCGCUCCGACGACGUCGUCUUUGUCUAUAAUAGGAAAUGUGCAGCAACAGGGUACACGUGUCAGCUUCGAUUUGGCUAAUAAUCGUGUUGGAUUCUCAUCCAAUAAGUGUUAAAAAAAGCCGUACGUAGUUUUUUUAUAGGUUUAAGGUGAUGAAAUUACCUUUUUAUCCUCUAGUUAAAAAAGUACCAGUACAAGUAUUUAUGUGGAUUUUAGGAAAAUUCAAAGAAAAUAACCCAUUAGUUGUGCCUAGGUGGGGUCAUCAAUUAAGACCAUAAUUGUAAUUUGUGUUAUCUGUUUGUUUGUUUCUCAUUUGAUUUUCAGUUCAAUGGCAUGUAUAGUAAAUUACUUGAAAUUGUAAGGAUAAUCAAGAGAAUAAAAAUGUCUCUUUGUAUUUU